CUGCAUAUUACGACGACCACUUAUUGUCGCUCAUCCCAUACAGCGUCUAACUCAUACCUUAUCACCUCUCAUCCUUAUCGGACUCCACGUCCUCCCAUUCUUCGAAAACUCCAGCAGAAUAACAGAGUCACAUAACACAAAUGGCGUUCGGAGGCCCGCCCCGAGGCCGCGGCGGUGGUAGAGGAGGUGCACCAAGAGGCGGCUCAAGAGGCGGCUUUGGCGGUGGCGGUCGCGGUGGCGGCUUUGGCGGUGGAAGAGGCGCACCACGAGGAGGUGGCAGAGGCGGUGGUCGAGGAGCACCCCGCGGUGGCCGAGGAGGCGAUCGUGGUGGACGGGGCGGUGGCAGACCCGGCAUCAAAGGAGGAGCGAGAGUCAUCAUUGAACCUCACCGACACGCCGGCGUAUUCGUUGCACGCGGCGGCAAAGAAGACCUCCUGGUGACCAAGAACCUCACGCCUGGCGAGUCCGUGUACGGCGAGAAGCGCAUCUCCGUCGACGCACCAUCCACGCCCGCUGUUGACGGCGAAGUCGCCCCGCAGCUCAAGGUAGAAUACAGAGUAUGGAAUCCUUUCCGCUCGAAGCUGGCGGCCGGUAUCCUCGGCGGUUUGGACGACAUUUACAUCAAGCCCGGCGCGAGUGUACUCUAUCUGGGCGCUGCCUCAGGAACUUCUGUCUCGCACGUUGCCGAUAUUGUCGGUCCAACCGGACGUGUGUACGCUGUCGAGUUCUCCCACCGGUCUGGUCGUGACCUGAUCACCAUGGCGACGCACCGCACGAAUGUCAUCCCGAUCAUCGAGGACGCCAGACACCCGCUGCGAUACCGCAUGCUGGUCGGCAUGGUGGAUGUGAUUUUCGCGGACGUUGCUCAGCCCGAUCAAGCACGUAUCGUGGGCCUUAAUGCACAUUUGUUCUUGAAAGCCGGUGGCGGCGUGCUGGUCAGUAUCAAGGCCAAUUGUAUCGACUCGACGGCCAAGCCGGAGGUGGUAUUUGCGUCCGAGGUCAAGAAGAUGCGCGAAGAGCGGAUUAAGCCAAAGGAGCAAUUGACGCUUGAGCCUUUCGAGCGUGAUCACUGUAUCGUGGCUGGUAUCUACAACCACAGCGCUCAGUAGACGCCUCUUCUGCUGCGUUAAGUUCACCCGUCGACCACAACUGGUUUGCGCAAGUCUAAUCUGCCUGUCCACCAAAGACAGCAUGGUGAUAUGCUGCCCCAAGGAACAUGUGAAGUCUGACGUGUAGCAUCUUGGCCAACGAGAUACCUGGUUCGAUGAGGAAUCACGUGGAAAAUUCAGAGCUGGUGAAGCGGAAAUGCUUCUGCAGUGCGAGCGGAUGGAGUGCAAUGAUGAUUAUUGGAGCUAUGCUGAGCCUGAGAAUUUGUAGGCAUAUGGUCUUUGCGUACGGUCGGCGUUCUCGGCGUGAUGAAGCUACGGAUCAUGGGGGGCAAUGGAUAGUCGUCGGGCCGGCUUCUGUCGACUGACCGUCAACAUGUACACCUUGGUUUGUGUAAGAGACAUUUUCAAAACGGGGCAAUGGAAUCAACUUCAGUGGAUCUGUGCUAUCUUUCCGUGAAACAGAAGAGAGAAUGAGUUUCUGACGGUGAUGUGGAAGCGAGUAUUUUUG